AUGAAUAAAUGUGAUUAUUGUUGCAUACGUCCAUCCUCAUUAGAAAUCGUUUGUUUAAAAUGUAGUCCAUCACGUUCGAUAAAAGUUUGCGUUAAAUGCUCAAUCAACGUCAGUCAAUUACGAGAACAUUCAAAACAACAUCCGCUAUCCACAUAUAAAUUAAAUGAUAUUCCAUUAGAUAAUAAUCGGAUUAGCGAAUGGUUAUGCAAUGAUGAGAUGAAUUUAAUCGAAGCGAUUGAAACGUGUGGCUUAGGAAAUUGGAUCGAUAUUGCUGCGAAAUUAUCACGAAAUCAAUUCGAUUGUCAAACUCAUUUCGAAGAUAUAUAUUUAUCACGCUUAAACAAUCCUUACUCGAUUUAUUUUCAAUCGUUUCGUAAUACGAAACAAUUAAUUGGUGAAAAUCAAAUUAAUGAAAAGGAUUUCGCAAAUCAAUCGAUUAUUUAUCCACCAUUGUUAAUUGAUAGUGAACAACAAAAAACAUUGACAUAUAUGCCGCAAAGAGAUGAAUAUGAAAGAGAAUAUUUAAACGAAGACGAAAAUCGGUUGCCUAUUCUGACAAAUGAUCAAGAUUUUCUGGAAGAUAUUCAACAAGAUGGCUCAAGAAUAUUGUUAAAUAAAGCCAAGUUGGUUUUGUUAAGAUCUUAUAAACAAACAAUUCAACGAAGAUUACAGUUAAAACAUUUUAUUCGAGAUUACGCUCUCGGGUUUAAUUAUGCACCUGAUCAACCAAUGGAUCUUCAUCACAUAAGUCGUUUUCUCUCUGCUGAUCAAUAUGAAAGAUUGAUUUUCAAUCAUCGACGUAUUCGAAGUUUAUUGGAAGAACUCGGUUGUUCAACAUCAUCGAAUAACCACCACCAUGAUCAACCACAACCAAGAAAACGAUCACCAAUAUUGAAUUCGGAAAAACGUCGUCGUCGUGCUUCCUCGAUUGUUGUUGAUGAAUCAUCGUCGUGCUCAUCAGCUUCGACUGCACGUUCAUCUUCAUCAAGUUCGUCAUCAGCAACAAUCACAUCUGAUGCAACUGAAUCGAAUUUAUCUCUAAGUUCAUCAACUAAUCAAACUGGAGAGAUUACUGAUCGAAAACUGUUGAAUGGAAAACGUCGUUCAGUUCGACGCGUUUCAUCAUCGUCAUCGACAGAAACUUCUUCGAAAGUAGCAAAUAUGAAAGAACCACUCUAUACACGAAGACGUGUCAAUCAAUCAGAUCAACACAGCACAUCACAACGAGCGACAAGAUCCGCUGGCAAUGUGUUGACGACAUCCGAUAUUAGUUGGGACUCAACAGAUGACGAAAUGGGCCAAUUAUCAACAUCUCAGAUGGAAGAUGAAGAAUCAACAGUCGCUUCUCGAACACGAAGUCAUACACCGCCACAUCCAGAUUCAGAUAGAAAGCAAAGGAGACAUUCUCCGCAUAAUAAAAAAUACUCGAACCAUACAAAUGGUGGAACGAAAUUUGAUCCAUCGGAUCAGUCAACGCCAAAAACGAAUCGCAUGUUGACACGGCAUCAACUUGUUGUUCAACAAACAUCACCAAACAAACGAAGAAAAUUGAAUUCGAAUUCAAUUGAUGAACAAUUCUAUGAUGUUUAA